AUGGAGAGUUCAGAAGAAGAAGACGGUGGCGCCCCGAGUUCAAAGCAUGCCGAUGACCUUCUGACCGGCGUGCCAUUUGUCAAGGGUAACAGCGCAAUGACAACAAUAGUUGACAAGUCCGCAUUUACUUUCGACAUCCUAAAUGACUUCUUGCUGGACAACCUGGAGUGCGGGACCUCGGCAAUGAAUUACUACAGUAAAUUGAGAAGGAUGACAAUGGCCGUCUUUCCACAUUUAGUGCCGGUAUUCCACAUACACAUUCCUCAACACUCCAUCUACCUUCCAAGAGUUCCAAUCUACUCUUUACACCGGUACCGGGAGCUCAUGAGGGUGGCAAGACAAUGGAGAAAACUCAAGCUUCUCAAAAGAAAUGGAUUCGGCCAUGAGGAAAAGGAUGUCAGACCCAGCGAUCUAGCUCUCUUUUGUCCGGCAUGUCCCCAGCCAGGAAUUAAUGUCACUUUGCCUGUCGGAGAACACACAGAAGAUUCUAAUGUGAACAAAGGAUCAGAUUUACAGACUCCUAGUUGGCUAUACACGAGGUUGCUUGUCAUGGAUGGAAACUUCAAAGCCGAGCAUCUCCAUCCGGUACAUCCCGGCGAUGAAGUCUCUCUUAUGGACGGCCAUGGGUUUAUGGUAGGAGACACCUUGUACAAGGAGCAUUUAGCCAUUGCACAGGACACCAUUCAACAAUCUGAAUGCAACAACCACUGUGCGGUGAAUCAGGCAAAUGCAUCGCGUCAUAGAUUGGAAGCAACAGGCAUCGGUGGUUGCGCCUGUGCACGGCAUGGCUGUUUUGUGCCUCACGCCAUGGUCGAUUUUCAGAAAGGAGAAAGACAGAUAAACAUGGAUUAUGCAUUAUGCAAGGCGUUAAAAAUAAACACCGAUGGAAUCCGCCAUGCCCUGACUUUUUAUGAUGUUAACUGUCAGUACCACAAGCGUUUGAAGGACCGCAUUGCCGAGAGUCCAAUCUUAGAGAUACCUAAGGAACUGGAUAUUAUCCCUGGGAUUGGACUGUGGCAUGUGCAUGGGCAUCAAGACAGUUGCUAUGUCAGAUAUGCAUCAAAUUUCAUUGAGGGUGCUGCUCGGAUUGAUGGUGAAAUCAUGGAGACUCUAUGGGUGCCGUUAAAUAUAAUUUUGCCAGCCACUCGCGGCAUGGGAACUCCGCACCAGAAGGAAUGCUUGGACUAUCAAAUGAAUGAUUGCAACUUCAUGAAAAUGAUCAGAAUGAGCAAGUCCCUUUGCAAGAACUACAAUCAGGCGGUCAGGGGGGCCACCGACAGCCGACUGGUGUUUGAAAAGCUUGCUAAAACCGCCGAUCCUGGGAAAGUUCAAGAAUGGGAAGUCCAAGAAAGGUUGGCGCACCAAUGCCGUCGCCGUGAUCCAACAGCCAUGGAUAUUUAUGAAGUACAAUUACAGAAAGAGGGUUUGACAAUUGAGGAGGCCCAGGUCACACUACAAUUGGAUAUCAAGAAAGUCGGUGAUCUCCUCAUCCUUGAAGAAGAAUCGGAUGCUGAAAUAGAAGAUCAGCAAAAGGUCUUUAAGCCAGAGAAGGCAGUCAUUCCCCUGCCAUCCAAUUUGGGGCAGGAUACAUGUACUGCUAUCGGUGUCAAUGAUUUAGCGAAACAAGAACUUAUCCUCUGGCAAGGCCAGGCCAAUGAUGCCUUGCACAACAUCAGAGUUCAUUUGGCGGACAAAGCGGUCAUUUUUCGGAAGAUGGCCCUAGCCAAGGAGCAUCUCAAGGAGAUUCUGAGAGAAAUGAUUGGUUGGAUGAAUGUGAGCAAUUCCCAUCAGCACCAUGUCGGUCAUCCUGAUCUCGCCGAUGUGCCAGUUUACUGGGUACAUUGGCUCCAGGCAAAGGCUCUGAAAGAUCGUUGGGAGGAGGAGAUUUUGCUUGUUCAGCAUGAAAUGGAUUGGACUUGCAAUUUUUUUCGUCACAAGGCGGAGGAAUGGAAACAUCUCAGUGUCGUUGCGAAGAAAGCCAAAAAAGAAGCUCACAUGGCUUACAUGGGCAGGCAGGGGAAAAUCUAUGAAUGUCUCUUGGAAGAGGCUAAACGGGCAUUUCACCGGACAAAAGCUUAG